GCGAAGAUGAGCACGGGGGAUGCUCCGCGGAGCAAGGCAGUUAGCCAGGCGAGUGUAGCGGCCGCCCCUUCCACGGGAUGGGGUCGGCGAGCGGGAGCCGGAGCAGCCGGACGCCGCUGCCCCAGCCGCGGUGGUGGUUAGCCCGGGCUGGCCGGCCCGGGCGUUGCGGGGCUGCGGCGAGUGCCGCGCUUGUGGCCGCUCUCUGCUAUUGGAACUCGCUGCAGGGCGAGUUCGUGCACGACGACGUGUGGGCGAUUGUCAACAACCCGGACGCGAGACCGGGAGCCUCGCCGCCGCUGGCCGCCUUCUCCAACGACUUCUGGGGCAAAGGCAUGGGCGAGAACACCAGCCACAAGUCUUACCGCCCGCUCUGCGUCCUCACCUUCAGGCUGAACAUCCUGUUGGCUGGGAUGAAUCCCUUCUACUUCCAUGCCUUGAAUGUAGUCCUGCAUUGCCUUGUGACACUUGUGCUGAUGUAUACUUGUGACAAAACUGUUUUCAAGGAUAGUGGUCUGGCUUUUGUCACAGCUUUAUUUUUUGCUGUCCAUCCCAUUCACACUGAGGCCGUAACGGGUAUAGUCGGCAGAGCAGAUGUUCUUGCCUGUCUAUUAUUUCUUUUGGCUUUUCUCUCCUAUAAUAGGAGUGUGGAUCAGCUUUAUGUUGGGGAACAUUUCCCUCCCACUGCCUCUCCGUCCUUUUUGCUGCUUAGUUUAUUUCUUGGGACUUGUGCAAUGCUGGUAAAAGAAACGGGGAUCACCGUAUUUGGCGUCUGCCUAGUGUACGACGGCUUCCUGCUUUCACAAAAUGGAUCCAGAUUAAAAAAUGGAGGACUACAUGUGAAGAUGGCUGGGCAGCCAGCAGCUUCUCUACAAACCCCUUUACAUUUUCCACCAUCCAGCCGGGAAAACGGGAAGCACCGUGUGGCUCACAAGGGGACAUGGAACUCCUGCCACCCUGCCUCACCUGAAGAACAACAGAGCAAUGGCUAUUCUGUCUUGAGAAAAGCUCCAUGGGCUGUACUUAGUUACCUGACCGCGAGUAACAAGCAGAAAUUCUUAUAUUCCACAAGACCGUUUUUAAAGAGGGCUGCCUUGGUACUUACCUAUGUGAUCCUACUUAUGUAUUUUCGCCUAUGGAUAAUGGGAGGUUCCAUGCCAGCAUUUUCAGAGCAGGACAAUCCAGCUUCAUUCUCACCAUAUCUUCUUACAAGGUUUCUUACUUACUCCUACCUCCUGGCCUUCAACGCCUGGCUUCUACUAGCCCCGAUUACACUGUGCUACGACUGGCAGGUUGGGAGUAUUCCUCUGGUUGAAUCAAUCUGGGAUCUGAGAAAUUUUGCUACCUUGAUCCUAGCCUUCGUGAUGCUUCUCCUUUGUCUACAUUGUUUUGUAGCAUUUAAGAAACUGGAACACAGAGAAAUUCUAGUUGGCCUGUUGUUCCUGAUUUUCCCCUUCAUACCUGCUAGCAACCUCUUCUUCAGGGUGGGAUUUGUUGUGGCAGAACGCAUCCUGUAUAUGCCUAGUAUGGGCUACUGCAUCCUCUUGGUCCACGGUUUAAACAAACUUUGUCUGUGGCUAAAUAAGUGGGGAAUCACCGCAAUGUCCUUCUCGGCUUUGCUGCUGCUUCUGUUCUCCUGGAAAACAGUGAAACAGAAUGAAAUCUGGUUAUCAAGAGAAUCUCUUUUCAGAUCGGGAGUCCAAACUCUACCCCAUAAUGCCAAGGUGCACUACAACUAUGCUAAUUUUCUGAAAGACCAAGGGCGUGAUAGAGAAGCCAUCUACCACUACAAAACGGCACUCCAGUUGUAUCCACGUCAUGCAAGUGCCCUCAACAACCUUGGGACAUUGACCAAAGACAUAGCACAAGCAAAGGAAUACUACAGUAAAGCUCUCCAGCUGAACCCACAGCACAAUAGAGUCCUCUUCAAUCUUGGAAAUCUUCUCAAGAAUCAAGGGAAGAAAGAGGAAGCAGUUCUCCUCCUGAGAAGUUCCAUUCAGUAUGGACCAGAUUUUGCCGAUGCCUAUUCUAGUCUCGCUUCACUCUUGGCUGAACAGGAACAGUUAAAAGAAGCCAAGGAAGUAUACCAGGCUGGCAUCGAGAAUUGUCCUGAAAGCUCUGAUCUGCAUAAUAACUAUGGAGUUUUUUUAGUUGAUACUGGAUCUCCAGAAACUGCUGUCUCCCACUAUCAGAAAGCCAUUGAAUUCAGCCCCGGUCAUCAUGUGGCCAUGGUGAAUCUGGGCAGACUCUACCGCUCCUUGGGGCAGAACAAGGAUGCUGAAGUUUGGUACAAGCGGGCACUUAAAGUAGCACGGAAAGUUGAAAUCCUAUCUCCGCUUGGAGCGCUGUACUACAACACAGGCCGAUAUGAAGAUGCAUUAAAGAUUUAUAGGGAAGCUGCCUCAUUGCAGCCAUCCAACAAAGAGACUCGACUGGCUCUGGCUCAGGUUUUAACAACGAUGGGCCAAGCAAAGGAAGCAGAGCAAAUGUUGAGCCACAUUGUGACCGAAGGGGCCGAGUGCCUGGAGUGCUACCGCUUGCUCUCUGCCAUCUACAGCAAGCAAGAGAACUACAACAAGGCACUUGAAGCCAUAGACAAAGCUUUACAACUGAAACCAAAGGACCCCAAAAUCAUAUCAGAGCUCUUUUUCACCAAAGGAAACCAGCUAAGAGAACAAAACCACCUGGACAAAGCUUUUGAGAGCUAUAAAGUGUCUGUAGACUUCAAUCCUGAGCAAGCACAAGCAUGGAUGAAUAUGGGAGGUAUUGAACACAUCAAGGGUAACUAUAUCACCGCGCGUCAAUAUUACGAGAAAGCUUUACAACUGGUUCCCAACAGCAAGCUGCUGAAAGAAAAUCUGGCAAAAUUGGAUCGCCUAGAGAGGCGGCUGCAGGAAGGGCGGGGAAGGGGGUAACUGGACUGGCGAGACAAACCACGCACCUCUUGGUGAACGACUGCAUGUUGUGGAAGCCCCAAGUUUCCCUCAAGACAAAAGCGAACAGGACGGAGUUAUAUGGGGCAGCGGGGACCCAAAAUAGGAGGAGUCUGUGUAGGGAUCGUAGAGGUGUCGCCAAAGCUUCAGGAAUCUUCCUGGCGGUGUUGCAGGACAGGUGCAAUCCUAACCUUAAUCCAGAGAUGAUGUUGGGAAAUGCUUCAAAAAUGCACUGCUGGGGUGAUGGUUGGAAGGGAGGCAACGGCUUGUUUUAGCAAAAAUCAGAGAAAGCAUUCAUCUUGCAAGAAAUAUGCUCUUGAAACCAGGUGCCUGAUUAGCCAAAAGCGUAGAUGCAUCAGUCAGUGAGGAAGGGAGAGAAGAGACAGGGCCAGCUGUCAUGGAGGAAAAUGCCACUCACCCGAAGCACUUGUAAAAUCUCGGUAAUAAAUCUUGAAGAAGAAUUGACUCAGUUAUCUCAGUGGAAGCGAUGUAGCUCAUUCUCCUUUAAACACUUAGGUCCUGAGAGUGAUUUCAGGAAGAAGAAAAAAACCUUAUAGGAAACAUUCGUGAUAAUUUACAUUCACCUUAUCACAGCAGCAAUAGGAAUGGAGAUGGGCCAACAUGACUAAUGAAAACUUGAAUCAUCGGGUGAAAAGAGGCAGGUUAAAAACAAAAAGCUGAAUGGAUUUGGGAAUACGAAGGGGUCAGAGUUGUUCAGAAUGGAAGGGCUAGGUUUCCCCCUAAAAGUUUCCUUCAUGCUUGCAGUGGAUUCCAUUUGCAAAUAUCUCUGAUCCUUUGUGAUCUCAGAGGGUGAUUUAAGAGGAUCUUACAGUGCUGAUUGUAGAAAGAGCUGCUGUGUGAAGGAAGCACCUCAGAAUGCCUCCUAAAUCCACAGAACCUCCUUGAGUGAUGCCUUUGAAUCUUGGCUAAGUGGACACCUGAUAUAGCUACAUCUUGCUGGCUCCAAAGCUUUUGGAUUUGGUAAUGUUUUGAGACCUGGGAAAUGUAUAAUUUUUGAGGCAUUUUUUUCCCCAGUGGAAGUUACUAGAAGUUUCGCUUCCUUUCCCCUCUCUCAAAUGAGAAAAAAAAAAUAGGUUUAUUAAAUGUGAUAGAGGAGAAGAGAACUCAUGACACAGAUAGUGUUUAUUUCUUAAUAUUUAUUUGGCACAACCCCCAAAAAUGUGUUUCUUGUUUGUCUGCGUUAGAUGGCUUAGACCUGCUGUUGUUAUUUUUAAUGAAGCCAAAUAUGGUGUAACUUCUAGGGACGGAGAUGAUACUCUAAGAGUAGUAGGCGCCUCUGAGUAGGAUUUGAAAAUGUUCUCCCUAGGAGAAGGAAUGUGUUCCUACCAUGAGAUUGAAUUAGAAAUAGAAUCAGGGGGCUGAAAGGGAUCUUGUAGAUCUUCUAGCCCAACCCGCUGCCCAAGGCAGGGAUCUGUAUUCCAUCUUGGACAAAUGAGUGUCCAGCAAUGGAUCACCCUCAAUUCCAGGAGGCAAGCUGUUCCAUUGACUAAAUUGUUCUCACUAUUAAGAAAUUUCUUCUUAGUUUGAUUACAGCUUAGUUGGAUAGCAACUUUUGAAUCUGUUUGGUUGAGACCUUAAAGGUAAGCUCUGCUAACAACACAAGUCUGCCUUGGGCUCAGGCCUAAUGUGAAUUGAUGGGGAUCAUGGCGAUAAAUGAAAAAAAAAACUGAGCCAUUGUGCCUUGGAAAAGUAGCAGUAACCCAGCAACAUGAUGGCUGCCAUUGGAUAAUGUACUAUUAACAUCUCCAGUUUGGCAAUCCAGUGUGAUCCUGUCUCUCUCCCUAGUCUUGGAUCUGUUGUUUGGACUUGGCUGACCAUAUUCACUGACGGGAGCUGUCAAGCAGGAGGGAAGAUAGUUCAUCAUUUCCAAAAAUCUGGGGAAGAGUAAAUGUACCUAACCAUUUAGCUAGACUGGGGUCUCUAAACUUGGCACUUUUCAGACUUGUGGACUUCAACUCCCAGAAUUCCUCAGCCAACCAUAAAGUUGCCAAGUUUGGAGACCCUGAACUAGACAAUAACUAUCUAUUACAAGUAGUUUGGCAACUGGCUGGAGGGAUAUAUCUGCUGUUGCUACAGAAGAUCAAUUUGGGAAAACUUGAUGUAAAUGUGGAAUGGUCACAAAGAAGCAGAUUUAAAGUCUUUACUUUAGUGCAGCAGUUGUCCAUUUGCAGAAGCUAUUUUGGUUUCUUUUUAUAAACAUCCCACAUUUUCCUAUUUGUUCUUAUUUGUUAGCUUAUUACACAGCAUCCAUUAACAAGGGAAACAAGGCAUACCAGCUCUGCAGCAUGUUUGCAUUGUAGCAUUCAAAUCACCUACAGAUAUUCCUCGACUUGCAACUAUUUG